AUGAUUGCUGACAUCGUUCCUUCCAUAGUUCCUGAGCCCGGGCAGGGUAGUGGUACCGAUGCGACCGACAUCCAGGAUGCAACCUCUGUCGCACCUUCCGACCUGGCUUCGUCUUCCACUGGACCAGCGCAGAGUACACCGGUCGCUGCUGAAGGCACCACUGCACCGAAGAAACGCCAUUUGUUGAUUCCGAUCCCAUCACGACGAUCCUCGAGAACAAACAAACAACAGGGGUCGGAGAAGUCUGAGGAGGUGGCGCAAGAUGAGCCUUCUCGACGGAGUUCUAAAGUGAGCAUCCUGCGGUCAAAACGGGAUCACAGCCGGGCAAGCAGUCGCCGGUCCCGCCAGGUUCAGAACGGAGUGAAUGUGGAGGAGAGUAAAGAGGCGGCGACCAUGCCCGAGGACAGUCCCUCAAAGCCUCAACAGAAAAAAAGUCCGUCUAAAUUCCUGGCUUUCUUAGGCUGUUGCUCCUCUUCCGAAGUUGAUGCGGAUGACACUGCUCUGCCUGCAAAGAAAACAACCAUGCGGCCACCUGCUUCCAACAGGUUGCCUACUCCAGACAAGGCAGAGGCUCCUACUGGUGACUCAAGCACUGUAGAAUCGGGGGAGCCAUACUUAGAUGAAAAGGCACACUCCACAGUCAGCGCGGAUCAGCCUGGCGAAGAAGACCGCAAUGUCAAGCCUGCCACGGCCAGCGUGCAAGCCGAUGGUCCUUCUGCGGAUGCAAAACCUGCGGAUGGCAAACCUGUGGAUGCCAAACAGCCAGAAGUCUCAGGCCAAAAAGAUGAGAUUAAUGAGGUUGCCCCGCAUGAUCAAACGGGAAUUGUGACGGGAUCAGUACCUGAAGUGAACGCAGACGCAAACACUCAGGAUUGGGAGGGGCAAUCAACCUCGACCACCGAGGACCCUACUUCUGCAUCAACGGCAACCAUCCCGAAAGAUUUUGGCACUGACGGCCAAGAAGAAGUCACGUCUCACCAAGAAAUGAAGCAUCCCGUCGUUAUUCCUCCGCCACCACCACCGCUGCCACCUGCACCCCCCGGCUCCUCCUGCUCGAGUGGCCGAAAGUGCUUGGUUCUCGACCUCGAUGAGACACUGGUUCACAGCAGCUUCAAGGUUUUGGAGCGUGCCGACUUCACCAUUCCAGUUGAGAUCGAAGGUCAAUAUCACAACAUCUAUGUAAUCAAACGUCCCGGUGUGGAUGCAUUCAUGAAGCGUGUUGGUGAGCUUUACGAAGUGGUGGUAUUCACUGCCUCAGUUUCAAAGUAUGGUGACCCUUUGCUCGACCAACUGGAUAUCCACAACGUGGUUCAUCACCGUCUAUUCCGAGAGAGUUGUUAUAACCACCAGGGGAACUACGUCAAGGAUCUUUCACAAGUCGGUCGAGACUUGAAGGAAACCAUCAUCAUUGAUAAUUCCCCCACAUCCUACAUCUUCCACCCCGAGCACGCGAUUCCCAUCAGCAGCUGGUUCUCUGACGCUCAUGACAAUGAGUUGCUCGAUCUCAUCCCUGUUCUCGAGGAUCUCGCAGGGGCCCAAGUCCAAGAUGUCAGCAUGGUCCUGGACGUCACCCUGUAG